AAAUAUAUAUCAAACACAUAUACAUAUCGUAUUGACAUUAAAAGAUAGUGACAGUGGAGUGGGUGACCCCACCUGUGACCCCACACCAGUACUGUCAACCAUCUGACCCAACGAUGGCCACAUUGACGGCCAACUCGACCACUAUAGGUGGUCAACAACAGCAGUCAUAUUAUUUGAGGUUCAGUUCACACUCGGCAGCCCUGAGCCGAUCGUUGGUCGGCCUAUUGAGUGAGUCCUACUGUACGGAUGUUCACAUCAGUACUGGACAUCAGUCACAGACAAUACGCGCCCAUAAAAUCAUUUUAAGCGCUUUUUCGCCGUAUUUUAAGUCAUUGUUUAGCUCUUUACCGUCUAAUCAGUUCCCAGUGAUUAUCAUCCGUGACAUCAGUUAUGAUAUACUUCGCACAAUCAUUGAGUUCUGCUAUCGCGGUGAAAUUCUUGUUUCUCGCGAUAAAUUGGAUGACAUAGUGUCCGCCGCAAAGUUUCUUCAGAUAGAAGGCGCCAAAGAUUUCAUACUUCCCAAGAGUGGUGCAAAUCACACACAAUCACAGCAUUCAAAUACAACCAAUUCCGGUGAUGUCGGCAGUGGUUAUCAUUACAACAACAAUACCAACAAUGGCACCACUAAUGGUAGUACUAGUCGUAUGCAAAUUGAUUUGCAACACAUGAGAACUUUGUCACAACAACACCGACAAGCUCUGGCACAGGCAUACCAGCGCAGUUAUCAACAGUCCCUAUUGUCCAAAGCUGUACACCAAAGGCCAUCACAACAACAACAAUUCACGACUUCUUCUACUAGUGAUCAGCCAUCGGUCACUAUUAUUAGUGGAACAGAUCCUCAGAUAUCUAAUGCGGACCAAAUUAGUGACAGUGAUUUGAGUGGAGAUCAGAGAGGUAUUAAACGAGAAUUUAUUGAUGAAGAACUAGAAGAUGAAGAGUUUGCCGAUGAAUUGGAUGAGGAGAUACAGACCACUGGACAAGUAGUAAAUGACGUUUCAUCGGGAGAAAAGUCGGGAAUGUUUGCCGAGUUUGAAGAUCAGUCACACGUCACCAGUAAUAACAAUAAUAAUAUAUCGGAGUCUAAUCAACAUUCGGAUGAUAGUAACGCUGCAGAAGAUGAAGAGGAAGUUGAGGAUGAAGAGCAUAUGGACACAACAACCGCAUCCGCCAUAUUGGCUAAAGUACCGCAAGGGACUAGUGUUAGCACAUCUAUACUUAACGACAGUACCGGUGCCGCUGCUGCCGACAGUACAGCAACAACUAAGAGUGAUAAUAAUAGUGUGCCAAAACAAGACUCGGAAGAGGAGUUAAUCAUAGAAGAAGAAGAAGAAUAUGAAGACGAGUUUGAUGAGGAAGAAGAUGAAGAUCUGGGAGAUGUCAGUCAACAAAGAAACCCAAUGACAAUGGUUGGCGUUGGCUUACAAGAGUGCGAAUCUCAUCAAGCAAUGGACACACCACUGGCCCGGGCUAUCGCUGCUUCUACAUUAGCCUCAUUGAACUCGGCCCUCGAAUUGGACAGUGAGGUAUCUCAAUCUUCGUCCUCAUAUAGUUCACCCCAUCAAUCGAUGACCAUAAGUAAUGUUGCAACUGAACGUAGAGGUCGGGGAAGACCACCAAAAUAUGAUAUGGGAAAUGUAUUCACGAGUCAAUUGGGUGGUAACACAUCAGCAAAAACACAGCAAAUCAGUAGUAGCCCUUCCACAUCAACAGCAUCAGUCAUUGACGCCCAAUCCAGUGCCCAAACCCGUUCCCGAAGAGGUCGGCCACCAUCAAUGCCCGAAGAUUUGUUGCGGUCAUUAACCGGUCGUUUAGAUAAAGCACAUCAUAAGUGUCCUCACUGUCCACAAAUCUAUUACGGAUAUCAUGCAAUGCGUGAUCACAUAACUAGUGUCCACUUGAACUCUGGGGAGAAAUACAUUUGCAAUCUUUGUAACAAAGAGUAUACGUGGAGAAUAACACUGAGGAAACACCUAAAAUUUCAUCACGGAGUACAUCCGGACCAAGUUAGCAAUGCAUAAACCAUCUAAGAUAUCUGUCCAUCAAAAUGUGACAUCUAAACCAAACACAAAACAUUUGUGCAUAAAUUUUACCAAAAAUUAUUUUAGUUAUUAAAU